AUGAUGCGACUGUUAAAAUAAACGUGGCUUUGUUUGUGACUGUAACAUUACAUUUCUAAACACAGUUAAAUUUAUUUUCAAAGGCCAUUUUGCUACAAUAUAAUCAUGUCCAUGCCUCAGAAGCGUUACUACAGGCAGCGAGCCCACUCCAACCCAAUGGCAGACCACACUUUUGAAUAUCCAGUUAGUCCAGAUGAUAUGGAUUGGUCCAGUUUGUACCCUGAAUUCCUCAGCAACGCGUCAGAAAAUGUGACAUCUCAAGUAGAGUUUGUAGACAUUGGCUGCGGAUAUGGUGGCCUGCUAGUGGAGUUAUCCCCGCUCUUCCCUAACCAACUCAUCCUUGGCCUUGAGAUCCGUGUGAAAGUGUCAGACUACGUGCAGGACCGCAUUCGCUCCCUGCGCGCAGCCCAACCAGACAGUUACCAGAACAUUGCCUGUUUGCGUAGCAAUGCCAUGAAAUACCUUCCCAACUUUUUCACUAAGGGUCAGCUCAGUAAGAUGUUCUUUCUCUUCCCUGACCCUCACUUCAAGAAGACCAAGCACAAGUGGAGGAUCAUCAGUCCCACUCUACUGGCAGAGUAUGCCUUCACACUGAGAGCUGGGGGUUUGGUGUACACCAAUACUGACGUGGAGGAAGUGCACGUCUGGAUGGUGAAGCACUUCUCUGAGCAUCCGCUGUUCACACGUGUUCCUGAUGAAGAGCUGGUUGGUGAUGUCAUUAUUAGUCGCCUGGGAACGUGCACAGAAGAGGGCAAGAAGGUACAGAGAAACGGGGGGAAGAACUAUCUCGCCGUUUUCCGGAGGGUAGAAGAUUGUAACUAAAAAAACCUGAUUAUCACUGAAUCUUUUUAGUUCUGGACAUUUUUAUAUAAGCUUGAACAUGGCUCAAGUGGUUUCCAUGCAAGCACUGCAAAUGGAUGACCAACUACAUCUUUUCACUUGUUAUUUUAUUUCAUUGGUGGACAGGAGCUUGUUCGAUGUCCAAGUGGACAUUACUUUUCUUUGUUUUAGGAUUGGUGAGAUUUGAUCUGUAUUUUUUUUAUAAAUUUUUUGCAAUACUUCUGCUACAAGUUGAUUUGUACAUUUUUCUUCACAUAAAUGGAAAUAAAUCACUUAUUAUCAUCUAUUUAACCAAAGCUCAAUUCUGAUUAUAUUAAAUUGAAUACAUCUCUGGUUCCCACCCAAGCCUCAAGUCGCUUUUCAUUUUAAUUACUUAAAAUGUAAAUUACUGUAAUAGAUGUAAUGACUUUCUAAAACCUGAUGUCUAGCCACCACAUCCAGAAAGAGCUGCAAUGGAACAGGAGCAACUAAAAUUGAUAGUAAUUGUCUGAAAUGAACAGGUUCUCUUCUCAAAAGCAUAUGUAAAUAUAGUUAUCUGCUAUGACCUGGAUGAUCAUGUUCAACUGUAUAUUAUCAAAUUGUAGGUUACAUGGUUGGAUGUGUUGUCACUGGGAGGAGUUUAUUGUGGGAUAACAGAUUUUAAUUUCCCAGAACCCUGACCGGGUUCUGCGAACGGGCACGCCAUGGCAGGGGUUUUGUUUCCUCUGCCAUAGCGUUAUUAAACAAAACAUCUAGAUGACUGGCAUAUGCAAAGGUACUACAGGUAUAUAAAUAUGUGUAAUUGUGUUGUAUUGUAUCUAUGUAGUCUUCGUGUCUGUGUGAGGCUCUAUAUAGACUGUAACACAUUUCCUUGGAAAAGGACAAUAAAGAAUAUAUGUAACUCUUCCCUCUGCAGCUGUAAGGGGUAGUGGGGACAGGACAGCAUAUGUCUCCAUGGUGGAAUCCCAAUGUCAAGACGGGCAUUUAUAAUGUUACCAAAGCGUCUGUCUUUCUCUGUUUUCCUCCCUCUUUCCCCUCCUUCUCCCCCUCUCACUCACAACAAUUAGAGGACUAAAAAUCCCCUAAACCUCCUUAAAGGAUUUUAUGUUAAAUCUUAUUACCUCAUUAAAUUCUUCCCUGACUAAUAUGUGAAAUAAAUAAAAUGUGUUAAACUCUA